GGAAGUGCAAGUCCUUCUGCUGCUUCUCCGCCGGGCGGAACCUCCUCAGCUGGGCCCGGUGACCGCGAAAGAACUUUCUUUCUCCCUCCCCGGAGGUCGCAGCAGCCAGAGGCCUCGCCCGCCUGGCGGCCCGCGCGCCUCUUCGCCCUCUCGCCGGUCGGCUCCGCUCGUGCUGCCACCUCCGCCGCCGUCCCCAGCCCGGCCAGCCGGCUAGCCCGCCGCAGUGAUGUGCGACAAGGAGUUCAUGUGGGCCCUGAAGAACGGAGACCUGGACGAGGUGAAGGACUACGUGGCCAAGGGAGAAGAUGUCAACCGGACACUGGAAGGAGGAAGGAAGCCUCUUCACUAUGCAGCAGACUGUGGACAGCUCGAAAUCCUGGAAUUCCUGCUGCUGAAAGGAGCAGAUAUUAAUGCUCCUGAUAAACACCAUAUUACCCCGCUUCUGUCUGCUGUUUAUGAGGGCCAUGUUUCCUGUGUGAAGUUGCUUCUGUCAAAGGGUGCUGAUAAGACUGUGAAAGGUCCGGAUGGACUGACCGCCCUCGAAGCCACCGACAACCAAGCAAUCAAAGCGCUCCUGCAGUGAUGGACGAUGGACUGAUAUAGCUCGGAAAGAAUGACUCUCCUGUGGCCUCACACUGCUGCCUGUCUGUCUGUCACUCUCUAUCUGCCAGCUUCUUCAGCUAAAUACUUUAAGAGGGGUGAGGGGAGAGAGAAAUUCAUAACAAAUCAGACUACCAGAUAAAACAAUGUUUGGAGGAGGGGAGACCGUGACCAGGCUCUGACCGGGACUCCUGAUCAAGCCAGCCUCUUCUAUUUCUAAUAAAAUACACAGCGUAGACCCAAGAGAGAGCAAAGACACACUGGGAACAUUUGACCUUUCAGCUCCCUAGCUAUUGCAUUAAUUAGAUUGUAUUGAAGGUCUGAUUUUACAAAGGCCAACUCUUAUUCAGCAGCCCUAACUGCAAGCAGUGGCGGUGGCUGCAGUGUAACUUAGGGUGCUGAGACAAGCAAUUCGCUCCAGCCUUCUGCCUUAAGCAUGCACUCUCUGGGGGUCUCCUGCUAGGUACAACGCUGCCUGUGGUUGGUGACCAAAUCUUCCCUCGUGACUUCAGCUUCUGUGAAAGCCCAGUUAUGGUGGGGAGGGACACUCCUAAAUUGCUGGGUGACUGAACUUCAGAUUUUCUCUCCCCUUUCACAUGGAUUUCACAUCUCUUUAGAUAAAACUGACUAGUUUUAUUUAUGAAACCUUAAAAUGUAGAAGUCUAAAGGGGAAAUCAUUCCAAUAUCUGUAUUUUUUUCUCCUUUAGCUUCAGACAUUUAUAUAACAUUAAAACACUUUAAAACUCCUACUGGUAGUAAAGGGGAUUUAAAAAUAGAAUUAUAGCCAUAGCGUGUUCACAUAGAGAACAAUUGUCCCAGUACCUAUGGACUUACUUUGUUUGCUGUUUGAGUUGAUUUUACUUACAUUUGGAGAAUCAAGGAACAUUCUUAGAAUGCCUCUCUCUGACCCACCUUAAUGCUGAUUACAUAGUGCACCAAAGCUGUCACUGGGGUGAGACUAUUAGCAAAGUCGAGUCCCAUCUCUAUAGAAAGGGGCUUCUUACCAGGUUUCCCUUUGUCAUUGGUAGGCUUCUGCUGGACAUAUGCCAACCCACCUGCACAACAUAUUUUUCUCUUAUAAAUCAUGCAUUCAUUGCAUAAUGUGUGGUAACUUGAAAAUAUAUUGUGUUCUUAGACUGCAGUACCCUAAAAUGUCCACAUGACCUGUGGAAAAUUUGGGCACAUCUCCAGGUGUUUUUUCCAUGAACAGUAAAAUUAAAGCAUAAAACCUUAAAUUUGAUAUCUGGCAUUUGGAAUGUUAAACUUACUAAAAAUAUUAGGUUUUUUCCUUAGCCACGUCAUGCAAUAAUUGAAUGUACCUCAAAUUUUCAAAAGAGGAAGAGACAUACAUUCAGAUUAUGGGUAAUAAAGACUAAUUUUUUUUUUUUUUUUUAAGGCCAUGUAGCAUUGUGCAGCAGGGUUAAACUAUUACUAAGAAUAGCCAGCCUGGCUAGUAAGUUUUUUCAAACAGUUACUGAUUGGUUGGUGGUAUGGGGGGGAGGGGGAAGUGUGUGUGUGUGUGUGUGUGUGUGUGUGUGUGUGUGUGUGUGGUUUUUUUUUUUUCCCCCAUGAGCGCUUUUUUUAUUCUAUGGCUGUUUCAGUUUGAAUUAGCCUAACCCUGUAACUUUCCUAUGUCCAAGAACACAAUCACAAAAUAGUUUAAAUACUUUGAUACAUUUGGCUAAUUUUGCUGUCUUAAUGCAGCCUAUCAGAGCUGGAUGUCCUGAUUAGAAAUGGAGGGCACUCUAUCAGUCUACAGCUGGCAACGUAGUGUAGCAGGGUGGUUUUUUACCUUUGUUUUCUCCUCUUGACAUAAUGCUAUUUAAAGGGCCUGAAUUGUAUCCUUAACAGUUUUCACCUUUGCUUUCAGAGUGUUCUGUUGUAGUUGGCUAUUACAGAGAGUGCAUUGUCCUAGCAUUCCUAAGCUUGGUCUGCUUUCGAAGCCAUGGUACCAAACCAUGUGAUUCUUUGUACAGUUUAUCCUGAUGUUCCUUGUAAUGCAGCAGAGGCUAUCUUGCCUUCCCUCUUUCUCAGCCGUUUUGUAAGCCCCAUAAUUAUGAGACAGUUGCUUGAGAAAAUUACAUAUAAACAUAGAAUAGAAUAGAGUGGCCAAGACGGUUUGCAAUUUCUUCUUUUUUUUUUUAACUAGGUUAUUUAUAAUGUAUUUCUGAGCCACUUGGCAGAGAAAUUCACAACACUUAAAUGUUUAUAUUUUGAGUAAAGGAAGCUAAAACCAUUUCUGCUUUUGGUACUACAUGCAUUAGCAAAAGGUUAAGUUUUGUUCUCCACUGAAGUACUAUUUAACAUCUUAGACAAAAUCCUGCAUGUUCUGUAGUUUUGUAUUAAGUCAUUGAGUCAUUUCUUAUGCACUGUGUCAAGUACAAUCAGGCAGUUUGCCUGUGACAGUAGUUGCUAACAAACUCUUCGCAGCGCCCUGCUGGUUUCUGCCAAGUCAGAGACAGCACCUCGGUGUCCCAAGUAGCUCUUCUGUGCAUAGUGGCAUAGUGCACCCUUCAAACCCCAGCCUGGCACAGAUGUGCACUGUUGAUAGAUGCAUUGUGUGGAGGCUGCAAACAGGUAGGCCUUUUAUUCAUUGAUUUCUUUCCCCAAGUGCUGGGUUUUUAAUCUGUAUGUACCUAAUUGAUUUUUUUUUUUCCUAAAACUUCAACUAAGCUGCUGUUUUCUUCCAUGCAAUAUCGUGUACUCAAUUGUGUAUAGAAGAAGCUGGUAAGAGUGCCCUCCUACAUAAAUAAGCAAUUGCAGUGUUUUGCAUGCAAAAUUUUAAAAAACUGAAUCAUCCUGAUUCUAUUUUGUAAAUGGAAAAACAAUCAUAUCUUUCUAAGCAGUAAUGGAGGAAGACUAGUGCUUUGUGCAUUUUUGAUAUAUUUGAGUUCAUUUUCCCACAACAUUAUACUUUUGACACAAUUGAGUUUCUCAUAAGUAUCCUAGUUCAUGUACAUCUGAAUGCUAAAUAAUAACUGUGUUUCAGUUUGUGUUGCAAGAACAAAUGGAAUAAACUUGAAUUGUGCUACAGCUAA